CACGCUGGCAUUCAAACGCCAAGAAAUAAAAAACUUGUCUUGGCAUACAAAGGAGUCCCUUCUCUCUGACGCAUUAUAAAAUGACAUCCUCGUACUCCGCGACUGUUUUUGUCCCAGACUUUGUCACUUCGAAUCAUUUAUUACAAGUCAACAACAACAAUAACAACUUUGGUCAACCUUAUCCUUUCUUCGACCUCAUGCAGUCCCCUUCCCCACCUCCCCAUUCAACUGCAUCCCCUCAGUCUCAAUCACCUCCACCAGACACUGCAGUCUCUCGUUCUUCUAUUACAUCAAACUCAGACUUAUACAAUUGUCAAUGGGUCGAUUGUACUUCCACUUUCACAGAUCCUGAAGUCUUGUAUAAUCAUCUAUGCAACGACCAUAUCGGCCGAAAGAGCACGAAUAAUCUCUGUCUCACCUGUAAAUGGAAGGAUUGUGGCACUUCUUGUGCUAAACGUGAUCAUAUUACGAGUCACCUUCGAGUUCACACCCCCUUGAAGCCCCAUGUCUGUGAGAUAUGCAAGAAGUCCUUUAAGCGCCCACAGGAUCUCAAAAAGCAUGAGAAAAUACACACAGAGGAGCAUCACGCACAGCACAAGCACUCCAAAGCAAUCACAGUAAAUGAUCCCGCUUACACCUCCCGUGUUCGAGGCGACAUUGUCCCGUCAAAGGGCGCUCUUAACAGGUCGCUUUCCGGGAAGCUCCAAGGCGCAGCGCCCACAUUGCCUCACAAAGUCCCUUUUGCUCGUGCACGGCCACGUUCAAGUAUAGCAGCAGACGGUGGUCACUACAGCGCGUUGCCAACCCCGUCCCCGGAGCUUGAGUCUAUCGCUCAUCCCUCGCGUCACGUGCCUCAUUCGUCCUAUGAGCUCUUUCUCCAUAAUCAGGUUCCUUCAUGGGAUGGUGCCAAACCCGACGCACGCGCCUCCAAUCGCAACAAGAGGUCGCUUGAAUAUAACGUCGACGAUUUCUUCACUGAAAUGAAAAAGAGAAAGGUUAACCCUUCUUACGACACCCAAAUGAUGGAGCGUCUCAACAGUAUUGCAUAUGCCCAAGACGGUGCACAUUAUGAUGAGUUUAAUCCGCGCUCGGUGUCUUUCGACGUCCGCACACCGGAGGAGCUAGCUGCGGUGAACGAAUUUCUGGUCACCCUUGGACGGGACGUGACUGCACCAAAUAACCGUGGUUCUCAAGACCUAUCCGGGCGGUUCUCACCAACAUCGUAUUUUGAUACCGACAGCCUCAGUCAGCUUGGGCUCACCGGAAUGCCUGGACUCCUAGGCCCAGGGACAGCAUACGCGCACGAUGCCGCAUAUGCACAGGCUGCGCAUCCGUCGCAGCAAUACGCCUCCACCGGCUAUCCUUCUCCACCCUCACUAGGGAGGUCCUCGCAUCCAUCCGUGCAGCAGAAUCAAUAUAAUCCUGUUUAUCCGCCUAUGCAUGCCUCCAACCCCGGUGGCUACUCAGAACACUAUACGUCUUCCCAUCGUGUUUCGGCACCCCCUUCCCACGAUUUCGCUCUCAAUACGCCGUCCUCUGCAUAUGGCUAUCACUCAACGUCCACUCCACAAGGACACUUUCACCCCACACCCCCGUUGGACCCGACAUCUCCGCAUUCUUCUAGCUCGACCCCCUCGAAUGCUACGCCGCCACACCACUCAUCGAUACAAGACUCUUUCGCAGACUUGAGCUCGCUUCGUGGCCCUCGUGGUGCUGCUCCACCUGUGCAAAUGGCUGCGCCAGAGUACCAUCACAAAGCCAUGCGGACGAUGAUCCCAUUGAAAACCGCUCCUGGUAAUGCACCCGAACCGGUAGCACCCAAGCCCCCUACAACCACACACCGCGGAUCAAUCAAUGCCUUGCUGUCACCGAUGCCGCCAUCUGUUGCGUCAUCCAGCAAAUUGUACCCCCUAUUGCUUCCAGGAGACUCCGACUUGAAGCUACCAUCACUCAAGCCUGAUGCAGGUCCGUUCAGGCUCCCACCCCUUAAGGAUAUGUACCGCUCCCCCUCACCGUCUGCACCACGGUCCCCAGACACAUCUCGCGGGACGACCCCUAGCUCGACACGUUCCUCACCCGUGUCCACUCACACAACUAUCCCCAGCUUGCGGUCUAUCACCGAGACAUCUGAGAGUGAUGAACUCGUUAAGAAAGUUGGCAAGAUCCAGCUAGAUCAUCUGACGAAGGAAGUCACACCGGAAGACCGGCGGAAGCACGCAGAACUCAUACGUAAUCUUCUUGUGAAGAUCAACGAGGAUUAUCGGAAACGCUUUGGCGUUCCGCAGGUAGAGUCCUCAGGGGUCUCGCGAACUUCUGUAGACGUGGAGAUGGCCGCUGCAUAGGCGGUUGGACAUUAAUUACUUAUUCGUCGCUCUUCCCCUUUUUUUGCACUUUACUUGUACACGUUUAUUGCGAGACAUACGUUACAUA